AUGCAUGAGAUUAUCACUCUCCAACUAGGCCAGAAGGCCAAUUACUUGGCAACGCACUUCUGGAACUUGCAAGAAUCAUACUUCACAUAUGACACCGAAACCGAGUCUGCUGUUGACCAUGACGUUCACUUUCGUCCCGGCGUAGGAGCCGAUGGGUCCGAGACGUAUACUCCACGAACGGUCAUAUACGACUUGAAGGGUGCGUUCGGCACUCUUCGCAAGUACAAUGCCCUCUACGAGCUGAGCGAGGACGCAAAUCCAGGCCAAGGACUUUGGGAUGGAAAGGAGAUUAUACAGCAGCAGACAGCUGUUCCUCAGAGUGACUACCAAAAGAACCUAGAUGCAGGGCUUCCGGCACCUCAGCUUUCUGCAGAAACGGUGCGGUAUUGGUCUGAUUACAACCGACAAUUUUAUCACCCACGUUCCAUUGUCCAGCUGAAUGAUUACGAGCUCAACUCCAGAGUAAUGCCAUUUGAGGACUGGAAUGUCGGCGAGGACCUUUUCGAUGAUCUCGACAAGGGGCAUGACUUGCUUGACCGAGACGUGAGACCAUUUGCAGAAGAAUGUGACCAGCUGCGUGCGCUUCAAAUCUUCACAGGGUCAGACGAUGCCUGGGGUGGGUUUGCUGCGAAGUAUGUUGACAGGCUGCGAGAUGAGUAUGGCAAGAAGGCCAUCUGGGUCUGGGCUAUUGAGAGUGGCGCAAAGGUUCACCGGCAAACACAGAUUAAACGAGACAUGAACAAAGCCCGGACUAUUUGUAACAUCUCCCCUCAAAGUUCCUUAUACACUCCCAUCAUAGACCCACCCAGCCGCCUUCCAAGCACCAUCAAUCUCAACCCGCACUCCCAAUGGUACACUUCAGCAUUGAUUAGUUCUGCCAUGGAGACGGUUACACUGCCCACUCGUCUUCGUCCGUACCACGAUUUCGAGGCGUCUUUGGCAGGCGACGACAGUAUUCACAGAAUUUUCGAGCUGCAGUCUUCCAUUUUGAGGACGGUGGACGAUGAGAAGCAGAGUUCUAAUUCUAAGGGAUCAAAUGAAGGAGACGAAUCGUCCAAGGUCCAGAAAGAAUUUGAUUUAGACUUCUCGUAUGAUAGUCUGGAUAGCAACACGUCCCAUAUCUUCAAUCAACUUAAGGUGAGACGCGGAAUUGAAGGUACCGAGGACAAGAUCCCUUCCAUGAAAGACCUGAGUCUUAUCCGGAAAGAGCGCACUUAUAACUCGGAGCCAAAUUUCCAAAGUUUCCACACGUCACUGCAAUUCCCCGUUCUGGACAGUUUCCCGAGUGACUUAUUCUCGGCGGCUAACCCGGAAGGAAAGAUGAACGUUCUCGCAACUUUGACGGCAUCCUCGCGGACAGCGGACAGAAUUAAAGCCAUGGAGACAGUUGCAAGCCGGAUCAUCGGUAUUGACGAGCGUGAGAAUAUUGUGAAUGGGCUAGGGGAGAUUCGUGAAACCUAUGAAACUGGGUGGAUGAGUGACUCGGAUUUUGAUGACGAGUAA